AUGAGCUCAGAAGAGAUUGAUUGGAAUUCAUUAAUGGAAUCAAAUCUUAUAGAUAAACAAUCAUUAAAUCAUUUAAUUUUAAAUUAUUUAAUAUUUGAAGGUUAUGAAAAUUCCACAAUUAAAUUUGCCAAAGAAAUUGGUAUUAAUUUAGAUAAUGAAGUUGAUGAACAAGGAGAAGAAGGAGAAGAAGAUGAUGAACCUAUAAAGGCAAAUAUUAUAAUGGGAUUAAAUAGUAUUAAAAUUAGAAAUGAAAUUAAAUUAAAUAUAUUGAAUGGUGAAAUCCAAUUGGGGAUUAAUAAAUUAAAUUUAAAUUAUCCUGAUUUAUUAGAACAAAAUAAUUUUUUAUAUUUUAAAUUGUUGUUAUUAAAUUUAAUUGAAAUGAUUAGAAAAAAUCGUGAUUCUGAAACCUCAAUAAAAGAUGAUGAACCCACUGAAUUUAAUCAAGAAGAAUUUGUCCUUAAAAUUAUUAAAUUUGCACAAGAAAAAUUAACAAAUAAAGCUAUUAAAAAUGUUAAAUUUAUGGAAGAAUUAGAAUUAACAAUGACUUUAUUAUUAUAUUCAACAAAUGAUUCAAAUUUAUUACCAUUAAGAUUAAAUGAAUUAUUUGAAUUUAAAUUAAGAAGAGAUAUAGCAGAUUUAGUUAAUAAAUCAAUAUUAGUUAAUGAUUCAAAUAAUUUAAUUGAUUUAAAUUAUAAAAAAAAUUUUAUGAAAAAAAGGAAGCUACAACUACAAAUACUAGUAAUAAUGAUGAAAUUGAUAUUGAUGAUGAUGAAGAUGGAUUAA